UGAGCUCCGGACUAAACACCGCUGACUGAGCGCUACGAUCGGGUUAUUCAUCGUCUCUCCUGUGGCUGACACUCCAAAACACAUCCAGCGACCAUGUAUCGAUAUGCUUCAGUUGUUUGUUGCCUCUGCUUUGCAAUCGCGUUCCAGCUGUCACACGGCACUUCGGUGACUGUCAAAGACAAAGACAACAAUACAUGCCUCUUUGCCAAUCUGAUGAUCAACUUCACAGUCUCUUAUGAAGUGGCUGGCAAUGAGAGUGCAACAGUGACUUUUGGACUUCCUGAUGAUGUCACAACAAAUGGAAGUACUUGUGAUAACACAAGCUCAACGUUGAAGCUCAAUUUUGGUAAAGGAUUCUCCUGGAGCGUGAACUUUACCACCAAUGGAAAGCUGUACAAGGCUGACACCAUCACCUUUACCUACAACCUCAAUGACACAACUGUCUUCCCUAAUUCUGUAGUUAAUGACACUGCAACUGUUACUGCGAAGCCUCAAAUCCCGGACAUAGACAUCGACACCUGCUACUCAUGCAAUAGUAAAGAGACGCUAGAGGCUGACGUAGUCAAUCAGACGCUGUGGAAAGUGCUCAUACAGGCUUUUGUCAGUAACGACAGCAUAAGUGAAAACAUUACUUCUUGUGCUGCUGACCUACCCAACACGACCACAGUUGCCCCUAUCACUAAUGCCACCACUUCUACCCCUGUAACAAACUCUUCCACUGCCCCUCCUCCGACCACCACCCCCACCCUGCCCACACCCACAGCCGGGAAGUACAGCAUCAAGCCUGAUGAAAACAGCACAGCCUGUCUGAUAGCCAACUUUGGCCUGCGGAUCAAUGUCAAGAAAAUAGAGAUGAACUUUGAGCCCAACGGGACAACAGUCUCUGGCUCAUGCGGAGUCAACAGCAGUCAGCUGGUGUUGACGUCCAGCUCAAUGACGAUCACACUCACUUUCGCCAAUGACACAAAGAAAUUCCACCUACAUGCUCUGAACAUCACCGGAAAGACAAGCUCUGGUGUGGAGUUUUCUGAAGUGAACACCAACCUGAGUCUGUGGGAGGCGGCUGUCGGCAGCUCCUACAUGUGCAACAAGGAGCAGAACUACACCAUCACCAGCCAGCUCACCCUCUACACCUUCGACCUUCAAGUACAACCUUUUGGAGUCAAGAAGGGUGUUUUCAGUACAGCCCAUGAAUGUUCACUGGAUGACACCAGCAUCUUAAUCCCAAUCAUUGUUGGCGCUGCUCUGGCUGGCUUGAUUCUCAUUGUAGUGAUCGCUUACGUGAUUGGUCGAAGAAAGACUUAUGUUGGAUAUCAGACCCUUUAAAUCCAGUUUUCUAUCAAUAUCAUGGGGUUUCCAAGCCUGGUCCUUGGGUUUCAUGUGCAAUUGUUUAAUUGGCAAAUAACUUGAAAAACAUCAAGAGCCAAAAUCUAAACUAAAGUCUCUGGGAAAAAAUACAUUAUUGAAUUUACUGGUCAUUAUGAGACAUGAAAUGCUCAAGUAGCAUUUUUGUAUUGCAAUUUCCUCAAGAGUUUGUAAUGAUACUACAAUAAGGAGUAAACCCCUAUGUAAAGAUGGAGGUUUGGUGUUUUUGUCAAGGACCAAACUUGUCUACCCCAAUGUUUCUUUUUUUUUUUGUUGAUGAGCAAGUGCAACAUCCACAAACCUCUUUUUUUCAUUUCAGUAAUCAUUAUCGCAUGAAAGGUGACUUUCAAUACAAUAUGUAUAGUUUAUUCACAUGUACAGUACACUUCUACAUGGACAAAAUCCACUUUCAUUCUUAACAGGAGAUGUGAUUCAAUUUAAAUCGGUUGCGGUAGGAUCCUGCACUUGCUCUGCAGACAUAACCCUUUUUGUUUCCACUUGUCACUGUUUAAUCUUUGUGCACAUUUUAAUUUUAAUUUUCAGUAUUUUUUGACUGUUCAUCCACAUAAUUAUUUACGUUAUAAAAGAACAAUAAUAAUCAGGAGCCUUAAAGCUUUCUUUCUUCCUUGGGGACAAGUCACAAGGAUGAAAGUAAUGCUUUUAGCCCAUGUUUUCCCCUGUAGAGCAGGAGAAACAUUGGAAUCAUCAUGUGGCUCAAAUCCUAUUUACAAAGUGACAUCAACGUGUUUGUUGUUGAAACAUAAAUAGAUCGUUUCUUCUGGUUGACGUUUCGGUAUCCAGCAGUAGGUCCAGGUGGAACGAAGGACAUUAAUGAGGUCUCAUUUACAUUAAGGUGUACCGUUACAUCGUUACUGUCAUUAAUCACACCUGUGCCUUUCCUGCUGUACAAUGUGAAAAUGUCUGCUAUUUUGAAAAGGUCUCUUAAAUAUGCACACGCAGAGAAUAAAUCUGACCAGAAACAUCAACUGUCCUUUUCUCACAACCAGUUUUGGCAUUAGGUUUAGAAAAGGGAGAGUUUGGUUAAGUAGAUAUUCCUUUCUCAUGAGGAUAUUUACAUAAAAAUGCACUUAGGCGCUCGUUAAAUGUCUGCAUUAUGUUGAGACUGUCUCACGUGUGUGUGUGUGGGCUUGGCCUGAGCUGUAGAGGACAGCAGCUGGACCAGGCGGCGUUAAAACCCCUGGCAAUGUUGUAUGAACAAGAAACUAUAGAAAAAUGUCCGAAAGUAUUAGUUCAAGAUAGAGUUUAAUACAAUAGUUUGACAUUUUGGCUCCAAUUAUUUGCUUUCUUGCUGAGAGUUUGAUCUGAAUAUUCAGUUCGAUAUGAAUCUUCAGCCCUGAGACAGUUGAGCUUCGCACAAAGACUAGAAACGCUGGGACAAGCCGGCUCUGUCCCCACCAAACGUCUUUACCACUCCCGCCAUCGCUCACUUGGCAUGUUCCAUCAUGUUUGUUUGAGCGUUAUUGAUGUUCUCUUCUCGCUCUCAGAAAUAAAGCACAAAAAGCACUCCUUUUUAAAGCUCAUCUUGUGUGUUUUGAUCCAUGUUUGUUCAACAGUGCUGGCAAAGAUCAAACAACCCCAAACCCGUCAUGAGAUUUUCGUUACAAAAAUUGCUGAAAAGCACAAAAAAACAAUCAUUUAUGUAUAAAAGACAAAACUGUUUUCAUGAAGUAAGAAGCUGAAAGCAGGUUUUUACGGGAGCUUUUAAGUCAGGGAAAUAGUGUAGGUUAGAGUGACGCAGUAUCAGGGAUGGAGUCGAGCCCCCGAAUAUGUAUUUCUGUAUUGAUAGAAACAAAUAUUGCACACAGUAGGUACUGUGUAUUGUUGCUUAAUUGUUGUGUACUAUUAUCCUUAUUACUUUUCAAGACUGGAGACAAGCAGGCAGCCAACUACAUUGAAUAUGAAUGGAGAUAGUUGCAUUUUUAAUUAAGUUGCUAACAGAAUUCGCUUUCCCAGGAUAUUUUGCAUGUGUUGAUAAAUAGUUCAAAUAUGAGCUUUAUUUUUUGCUUAUAAUUGUGUCGUUCUUGUAUAUUUCAGCUUUGUACAAUCUCAGUUGCCUUAAUUCUAAAGAUGGGUUUUGCAGCACUGAUAUAGAUGUUUGUUUUUCUCAACCUUAAUCUCCUUUGUUCUCAAUAAAUCAUUUGAACAGGUUUAUCAUCAUGACGGCUGUGCCUUGCUUAAUGAUACAUUUCUCUUUUGGUCAUUCAAUAACUCGCUCCUACGCGUCAGAAACCUUUUUGGUUGGUUUCCCUUCACUGUUUGAGAACAUCGCUCACACAAUUCAUCUAAAGGGAAUGUGUGCUGCGAGGCCAUCUUGAUAAAGAUAAAUGAACCCGAGUGUUUUGGGAAUAGAGAGGAUUUUGUCUCCAUUCACCUACGCUAUUUUCUAUAAUACGUUUGAUUUGAAAUUGUCUGGCAGACUGGAGCUUUUUAGUCUUUUAAGAUUGAUGGAAAUAAAAAUGUGUUUCUGCCCUGGA